UCUUCAUCAUGGUGUCCUGCUGUAAGGAGGUCGCAUCUGGCAACCCUAGCCUGGACGUUCACGAGGUUCUUCCUUUCUCGGCUAGCGUCGUUGCUGUGACUGCGUGGUUCGGAUGAACUGGUGAAAUUCGUCGAAAUUGUAAUCAAGUCACUCAAUUUUGAGUUUCAGUAGAGCUGCAACAACAUGCCGGCGUAUUUUCAGCGGCCAGAGAAUGCUCUGAAACGAGCGAACGAGUUUCUGGAGGUGGGCAAAAAGCAGCCAGCCUUGGAUGUUUUGUACGAUGUCAUCAAGAGUAAGAAACAUCGAACAUGGCAGAAGAUCCACGAACCCAUCAUGCUCAAGUAUUUGGAGCUCUGCGUGGAUCUGCGCAAGAGCCACCUGGCCAAAGAGGGCCUCUACCAGUACAAAAACAUCUGUCAGCAGGUGAACAUCAAGUCUUUGGAGGAUGUAGUCAGGGCGUACCUAAAGCUGGCAGAGGAAAAGACUGAGACGGCCAAGGAAGAGUCCCAGCAGAUGGUUUUGGACAUCGAGGACUUGGACAACAUCCAGACACCAGAAAGUGUCCUUCUGAGUGCCGUCAGUGGGGAGGACACUCAGGAUCGUACUGAUCGCCUGCUGCUCACGCCGUGGGUGAAAUUCCUGUGGGAGUCUUACCGCCAGUGCCUGGAUCUGCUGAGGAACAACUCCAAAGUGGAGCGUCUGUACCACGACAUCGCUCAGCAAGCUUUUAAAUUCUGCCUCCAGUACACCCGCAAAGCAGAGUUCCGUAAGCUGUGUGACAACCUCCGCAUGCAUCUGGGUCAGAUCCAGCGACACCACAACCAGAGCACCGCCAUCAAUCUGAACAACCCCGAGAGCCAGUCCAUGCACCUGGAGACGCGUCUGGUGCAGCUGGACAGCGCCAUAAGCAUGGAGCUCUGGCAGGAAGCUUUUAAGGCUGUUGAGGAUAUCCACGGCCUGUUUGCCCUCUCCAAGAAGCCUCCAAAACCUCAGCUCAUGGCCAACUACUACAAUAAAGUGUCUACUGUCUUCUGGAAGUCUGGAAACGCUCUUUUUCACGCCUGCACCCUGCACCGCCUCUAUCACCUGUCCAGGGAUAUGCGCAAGAAUCUGACCCACGAUGAGAUGCAGCGGAUGUCCACCAGAGUCCUGCUGGCUACUCUGUGUAUCCCCAUCACCCCUGAGCGUACGGACAUCGCCCGGCUGCUGGACAUGGACGGCAUCAUCGUGGAGAAACACCGCCGGCUGGCCACGCUCCUCGGGCUUCAGUCCCCUCCGACGCGCCAGAGCCUCAUCAAUGACAUGGUGAGAUUUAACCUGCUGCAGUACGUGGUGCCUGAAGUGAAGGAGCUCUACAACUGGCUGGAGGUCGACUUUCAUCCUCUGAAGUUGAGCGGAAGAGUCACCAAGGUGCUGAACUGGGUGAGAGAUCAGGCUGAGAAGGAGUCUGAUCUGCAGCAGUACGUCCCUCACCUGCAGAGCAACACCAUCCUCCGGCUGCUGCAGCAGGUGGCUCAGAUCUACCAGAGCAUCGAGUUCAGCCGUUUGGCCUCCCUAGUGCCGUUUGUGGACGCCUUCCAGCUGGAGCGCUCCAUCGUGGACGCCGCGCGGCACUGUGACCUCCAGGUUCGAAUCGACCACUCGUCUCGCACUCUGAGCUUCGGCUCGGACCUGAACUACUCCACCAAAGAGGAUUCUCCAGUGGGCCCGUUCCUGCAGAACAUGCCGUCGGAGCAGAUCAGGAAUCAGCUGACGGCCAUGUCUGCGUCUUUGGCUAAAGCCAUCCAGAUCAUCAAACCCACGUCCAUUCUGCAAGAACGGGACGAGCAGAAUCAGCAAGCUAUCGCUGCGUAUCUGAAAAACGCCCGGAAGGAUCACCAGCGCAUCCUGGCUCGCCGGCAGACCAUCGAAGAGCGAAAAGAGCGCCUGGAGAGCUUAAACAUCCAGCGCGAGAAGGAGGAGCUAGAGCUGAGGGAGGCUGAGAUGCAGAAGGUUCGCAAAGCCGAGGAGGAGCGACUGCGCCUGGAGGCCAAAGAACGGGAGAAGGAGCGGAUCAUGCAGGAGCACGUGGAGAUCAAGAGGAAGACGGCGCGCGAACGCCUGGAGCAGAUCAAGAAAACAGAGCUUGGCGCCAAAGCCUUCAAAGAUAUCGACAUCGAUGACAUGCAGGAACUGGAUGCUGACUUCAUCAUGGCUAAACAGGUGGAGCAGCUGGAGAAGGAGAAGAGAGAACUUCAGGAGCGUCUGAAGAACCAGGAGAAGAAGAUCGACUACUUUGAAAGAGCCAAACGCCUGGAGGAGAUCCCUCUGAUCAAGAAAGCUUAUGAGGAGCAGCGCAUCAAAGACAUGGAGCUGUGGGAGCUCCAGGAGGAGGAGCGGAUCGGAAACCUGAAGGUCGAGCGGGAGAAGGCCCUGGAGCAUAAGAAGCGCAUGUCCAGGAUGGUGGAGGACAAAGACAGCUUCCUGUCCAAAAUAACUGCAGCCCGCAGCUUCAUCUACGAGGAGAAGUUGAUCGCGUUUCAGGAACGUCUGGUGGAGGAGAGGAAGAAGCGCCUGGAGGACAGGAAGAGACAGCGCAAAGAGGAUAGGCGCAACGCCUACUACCGCCAGAAAGAGGAGGAGGCUCAGCGCAUCCACGAGGAGCAGCUGAAGAAAGAGCGGGAAGAGCGGGAACGCCUGGAGCAGGAGCGGCGGGAAGAGGAGGAGCGGGUGUACCAGGAGCGUCUCCGAAAGCUGGAGGAACAGGAAAACAAACAGCGUCUUCGGCAGCAGGAGAUCGAGGAGCGUGAGCGCCGCCGUGAGGAGGAGAGAAUCGGCCUCCAGGAGGACAAGUCCAAGGACCGGGGAGAGAAGGACACCGGAGGAUGGAGGAGACGCACGGAAGGAGGGGAGUCAGAAUGGCGUCGCCCCGUCCCCGACAGGGAGUGGAGACAGGAAGGCCGAGACGAGGACAAAGAGGAGGGUUCCUCGAGGAGAGCCGAUGCUCCUCGCAGGGACGGAGACGACCGAGGGCCUCGCCGAAGUUUUGAUGAGGAACGAGGUUCGCGUCGUGUCGGCGAAGAUGGCCGCCGUCCUCGCAGAGCCAUGGACAACGAUAGAGACGUUCACAGAGGGUUCGACGACGAGCGCGGCCCGAGGAAGGGCGGAGACGAUGACCGCAGCACGAGGCGUAACCUGGACGACGACCGCGGCUCGAGACGCUUUGAUGAUGAGCGAGGUCCACGCAGAGGUCCGGAUGAGUCCCGGAUGUCCCGGCGCAUGGCCGACGACGACUGGGGUCCUCGGAGAGGAGGAGAUGAUGACCGAGGCGGAAGGAGAUUCAUGGAUGAUGGGCCACGGCGGGGUGGGGACGACCCCAAACCCUGGAAGCCCCUGGGUAAACCCGGUGGCUGGCGUGAGCGAGAGAAGGCCCGCGAGGAGAGCUGGGGACCCCCGCGCGGUGGAGGUAACGAUGAUGGAGAUGAAGGCGAGGGAGAAGAACGGCCAAGCGAUCGCUUCAGAGAGCGACGCCCCAACAGGGAGGAGGGUCCCUGGAGGAGAGGAGGCACAGACGACGGGGGCUGGAGAGAUUCUCGUAGAGAGGACCGAGACGAUCACCGUGAACGUGAUGACCGCCGUGAACGUGAUGAUCGCCGUGAACGCGACGAUCGCCGUGAACGCGACGAUCGCCGCGUAGAACGCCGUGAGCGCCGUGAUGACCGCGAGCAACGCCCGCCCCCCAAAGAAACCGAUGAAGGAGGCUCCUGGCGCCUCGGCGGUGAGGAAAGGCGGGAGGAGCGGGACAGAGAGCGGCCCAGAGAACGGGAACGUGACCGUGAGACCGAUGGGGAGAAGGGCUGGCGCACCGAAAGAGAAAACCCUCGUCGCACCAAGAACGAGACGGACGAUGACGGCUGGACCACCGUGCGUCGCUGAGCGUCCUGCGGGCUCGGUGGCCGCCUGAUCCGGAGAAUCCCUGAGGAUUCUUUCACCGUUUGAUACCUUCGAAGUCGGUCGGGUGGCAACAUUUAACGUUUCACCUCUAGCUUGAUGCUGAAGCAUCUGUAGGUUGUAGUUUCCUGAGAGUGUCCAUCUUUAUUUUGUCUUCCUGCAGUUUCUCCUAACAGGUUUGUCUCAAAAGUCAUUAACCAAUCUGCUCAAAGCAAACCUCAUUCCGACCUCCGACCCCCAUGGUGGGUGGAGGAAUUUAGAUUGGUGGAAAACUGAAAGGAAACUCCUCCUCUGCUUGUUUUAAACCAACGAUUAGACAUUUCUCUGAUCUUUGCUCUUCACCCGACUGAAGGAGAUGCUUCUUAACCUGUCGGAGACCUGGUGGUGUUUCCAUGGCGAUGUGCAUGCUUAAAUUGAUCAUAUUAUUUCCUAAUAUCCAGCUUCUGUCCUGCUGCAAUCCCUGGUUUCCAAUCAGAUGGUGUGUGUGCAGAUUAACGCUUUGCUAAUAAAGAUGUUUCAACACUC